UCUGCUGGGUACCAAUAGGUACCUUGUUUCAGGGAUUUUGUUCAGGCUUCCCAUCCUCCUAUUAGGCAAACACUCUCCUUUGUAUCUGUGGAACUACGAAGCAAUCCUUACUUGGAAGACUCUCAAAAAAAAGAGAAAAAAAAACAGACUUUUGGUGUGGGCUUGCCCCAUAACAAAUCCUGUGAAGAGCCUAUGCUCUGUCCGCAACACCCAUUUGCAGCAAAGCUGUGUUCAGUGCCCUACCUCUCUCUCUCUCCUCAGUCCUCUCUCCCUCCUCCUCACUCACUGACUGCGAGCCUGAAGGUGCCUCUGAAUGCUACUUAAAGAGAGAGAGAUUCAACAAGACGCUGAAGAAAUCGAGUCCUUGCUGACUGCAACCCACGGAGUAGCCUUGUAUUAGGAGCACAAGACGAAGGGGAAGGAAAACGUUUUGUUUAUUUCUGCGAGAAACUAUUGCAAGUUUUGCCAAGCUUCGCUGGAACACGAAAAACAGAAAAAAGAUAGAAAGAAAGAGAGAAUUGUAAAAAACUAAAAGCCUGAAGAAAAAAUAAACUUCCCAGCAACAGAGAAAAGAGGUUUGUACCCAAGACCAAGGCAAUGACGCUGCUGCUACUGCUGCUGCCUGCCUGUCUGCUGCUGGUGCUGGGCAGUGUUUCAGGGGGAGGUUACCCCCCACUCCCCCAGAUGAAGUACCCGCAGCCCAUGAUGAAGGGGCCUGCGGGUCCCCCUUUCCGAGAAGGCAAGGGACAGUACCUCGACAUGCCCCCAGUCCUCCCAAUGGGUGAACCCGGACCGCCAGGAAAACCAGGACCGAGGGGCCCUCAAGGGCCUCCCGGAUUGCCAGGGAAGCCAGGAGUCGGAAAACCAGGGCACAACGGACAGCAGGGUCCCGCUGGGCCGCCAGGAUUCCCCGGAAUAGGAAAGCCGGGAUUGCCCGGCCUCCCAGGGAAGGCAGGUGGGAAGGGGAUGCCGGGGCCGAAAGGAGAAGGGGGCCCCAGAGGGGAAAACGGGCCUAGAGGGUUACCGGGGCAACCUGGCCUUCCGGGUCCAGUCGGUCUGUCUGUGAAUGGCAAGCCUGGACCUCAAGGUGUCAGAGGAAACCCAGGGUUGACAGGGGAGCCAGGACAGAAAGGGCCCCCAGGGAUCCCUGGAGAGCCUGGACUUAGGGGGGAAAUUGGGAAUGGCAUUCCAGGUUUACCAGGGGCGAGAGGUCCAGUCGGUGCGCCUGGUCCAGCGGGGCUCUCUGGCCCGCCAGGGCUCGGCAAGCCUGGGCUGAAUGGGCUUCCAGGACCAGCUGGGCUCAAUGGAGAGAAGGGUAAUCCAGGAGAACCAGGCGCACCAGGGAAGGAAGGAGAUCAGGGGCCACGGGGGCCCCCAGGAGUAGACGGGGUGGGGAAACCUGGUUUAGAUGGACUUCCAGGCAUGCCAGGGCCACAGGGGCCAAAAGGUGAGCUCGGGAACAGAGGGGCUCCUGGAUUCCCAGGGGCCCCUGGCUAUGGUAAGCCAGGGUUGCAAGGCAUGAAAGGAGAUAAGGGCCAUGAUGGCAUUCCAGGACUACCGGGGUACAAGGGGGAACCAGGGAUGGAUGGACUGCCAGGAGAGAUGGGCCAAGAGGGAAUUCAGGGGCCCCCAGGAAUACCGGGCCACAUGGGGCUCCCAGGGAAGUACGGACUGCCUGGUCUGAAAGGAGAUAUUGGCCCUGCUGGGCCGCCAGGGGCCCCCGGCAUCCAAGGCAAGGAAGGCCCCAAUGGCCUCUCAGGAAAACCUGGGGCUCCUGGAGAAAGGGGAUUGCCGGGCCCUCAUGGACCACCAGGGCAAAGUGGACCUAAAGGAGAACCUGGACAUAUUGGUCUUCCAGGGGCCCCUGGGUUACCAGGUGUGCCCGGGCAGAAAGGACAGCCAGGGACCACGGGCUCCCCGGGGCCGAGAGGCAUUUCUGGCAUCCCAGGUAUCCAGGGUCCGACCGGCCCGAUUGGUCCCCAAGGAAUCCCAGGACUAAAGGGGGAACAUGGCCUUCCGGGCCUCCCAGGGGAGGGGAGACUGGGUCAGAAAGGAGCUCCGGGGCCCAUGGGCCCCCCCGGCAAGGAAGGUGAAGCUGGGCUCAACGGCCGUCCCGGACCCCCAGGGCCUCCAGGUCCUCCCGGCCCGCCAGGAGCCUUCAUCAACGGAGAGGACACCAGCAUCGCCGGGCUGCACCUCCCGGAUGGCGGGGUGGAGGGCGCCUCGGUGCCGGGGGCUGGGAAGCCGCAGUACGGUCGGGGCGAGCUGUCGGCCCGAGUGGCUCCAGCCUUCACCGCCAUCCUGUCGACCCCCUUCCCCCCCUCCGGGAUGCCCAUCAAGUUUGACAGGACUUUGUACAACGGCCUCAACGCCUACAACCCCGCCACGGGAAUAUUCACCAGCCCUGCUUCAGGAAUCUAUUACUUCUCUUACCACGUCCACGUAAAGGGAACGAACAUCUGGGUGGCUCUGUACAAGAACAAUGUGCCGGCCACGUACACCUAUGACGAGUACAAGAAAGGCUACAUGGACCAGGCUUCGGGCAGCGCCGUCCUGGAACUGAAGGAGAACGAUCAGGUGUGGAUGCAGAUGCCUUCGGACCAGGCUAACGGAAUAUAUUCCACUGAGUACAUCCACUCGUCCUUCUCGGGGUUCCUGCUCUGUCCUACAUAACAGCUGUUCACAGGGGGCAUCGCCUUGGAAGCCAUAGAUCUGAAAUAACAACAACAAAAAAUACAGCUUAACUGCUUGAAAUAAAUGAAGAGCAGGGGAGCAGAGGAGAGCUGGAAAGAGAGCCAGUACUGUUUCUACACCGCUUUUUCCAGUGUUUUUUUUUUUUAGCGGAUACAAUUUGUUUUUAC